AUGGGGUUCAAGUACAAGGACAAUAGUAGAAAAUAUUACAGAGUGGUUUGUGAGGUUAAUGGUUGUCCAUGGAAAGUGACAGUUGGUUGUGAAAGCAAUAGUGAUACAGUGAGAAUCAUUUGGUUUAACAAUGUUCACACCUACAAUGCUCGAGACAUUUCAAAUUAUAAACCUGUUUUUCACUUGAAGGAAAUGGGUCGAAUUAUUGUGAAUAUGGUCAGGGACAAUCCUUCAUACAAACCCAAUACUAUUUGCUCAGAUUUAGAGAGUGAAUUUUCUAUUAACAUGACUUACAAACAAGCUUGGAGAGCAAAGGAGGGUGCAAAUCAGAUAAUUGAAGGGCGUUCGGAGGAUAGCUAUAUUUUAGUACCAUGGUUGUGCCAACGACUAUCAGAAGCAAUUCCCAGGAUAUAUACAUCUUGGGAGUGCACGGACGAUAAGAGAUUUAAGCGAGUAGGCACAAUGCUUGGUGCAACAGGUUAUGAUGCAAACGAUGGUUUGUGGCCUUUAGCUUAUGGUAUCGUUUCAAGUGAGAAUGAUGAUGAUUGGCAUUGGUUCUUGAACUUGCUUAAAGAUAUUCUAGAUGGUUGCAGUGUGACGUUCUUGACUGAUAGACAUGGUGGAGGUAAAGAAGGUGCGCUAAAGAUGCUUGAUAAUAUUGUAUAUGCUCGGACUGAAGAAGACUAUAAUAAUGCAUUGGUAGACAUGACAGCAUUUCGGGUGGAACUAAGUGUAGACACGUUGUGA